AUCAAUGGCCAGGAACCUUCAACAGACACACUCUAUUGCUCCCACCCCCACAAAUUUUGCAGAAGUCAAAAGUUCCUUUUUCAAUUUACAGUCAAACAGCGGGCCUUGAUUAUUUCAUUUUAUUUAACAUAGCUGAAGGCCUGCGAGAGUAGCUCAGGUUAUAAGUGUCGGCUAUACAAUAAGAGAAAGAGAGAGAGAGAGACAUUUUUGGGUUUUCGUUGAGUGAGAGGAAAUUUUGAAACAUUGUGCAAUGGUGCCGCAAAAGUUUUGAAAGGUUGUGAGAGCUUUUUUGCCUGCAAACCAUCUGAGAGUCGAUCCGUUGGAGAAGAGGUCUCCAUGUUGCAUCCAUACAGAAUGGAGAGCUAUCUCAUCCCGCCUCACUCAGAAGAAAUGUACGAUUCUGAGAUCUACAGACAUCAAAUCGCAGAAUAUUAUAACCCAUAUGUCCUAGAUACAGAUAUCCAGGCAGAUCACUGGGACUACCACGCUCACCCUCACGUACACCCUGUAGAGUUUGAGAACCUCCAAGAGGCUAACUUCACAGAGCUGCAGAGUGUGCAGACUCUGCAUGCGCCCAGCCUGUUACGACAAGAUGUCAUACGGUACGAAGGAGAAAGCCUGCUGGAUCCAAAUCUUGGGGCACAUCCUCAUGUGUUACAGCAACCAGUUGCGUUCUUCCCUCGGGCAUUGUAUCCACCACAUGUGUCCCAGCGCAGCUCUGAUGAUGAGGAGCAGGGAGCACGAAGUCCCCCACUUGAGGUGUCUGAUGAAGAGUGUCUGAGAGAUCGAGUCCCUUAUGUCACACCAGGAGAGCUGGGCAAUAAAAAGAAGAUCCGGUUGUACCAGUUCCUUUUGGACCUUUUAAGGAACGGCGAUAUGAAGGACAGUAUCUGGUGGGUGGACAGAGACAAAGGGACAUUCCAGUUUUCCUCCAAACACAAGGAGGCUCUCGCACACCGCUGGGGAAUCCAGAAGGGAAACCGCAAAAAAAUGACCUAUCAGAAGAUGGCUCGUGCCUUACGCAACUAUGGCAAAACUGGAGAGGUAAAAAAGAUAAAGAAGAAGCUGACGUACCAGUUCAGUGACGAGGUGCUGGGGAAGACUCAUCUGGAGAGAAAAUUCAUGUAGGCAGGAGGGAUCCUGAAAUGUCAAAGAUUUACAUAUAAAAGUCUUAGAUGCUUAGAUGCUUAAUCAAACUUUUUGGGGAAA